UCACAAUUGACAACUCACAUUUCUACAGUAUACUCUUUGACAUUUUCUCUCAACUCUUGAAGUUGGAACUUAAUACUGCUUUCAAAUAUUAAAGGUCUCGUUCAUUUGUUUAUCAAUUAUUUUAAUUCAAGUAAAAUGUCGGAAAAACAUUUACAAAGCGGUGAUUCACUGCCACCAUUUACCGGAAAAUUGAGGUUAUUCGCAAUGAGAUUUUGUCCCUACGCCGAAAGAAGCAUUCUUUGUUUAAAUGCAAAAAAACUUCAAUAUGAUUUAGUUUUUAUAAAUUUAGAUCACAAGCCGGAAUGGAUUUUCCAAUUCAACCCAAAAGGAGCAGUACCAGCCUUGGAGUAUGAGGAAGGUAAAGCCAUUUUUGACAGUAAUGUUAUCAAUGUCUAUCUUGACGAGAAGUAUCCUGAAAUACCACUCCAAAAUUCAGACCCAUUAAGAAGAGCUCAAGAUAAAUUGCUUGUUGAAAUGUUUGCUGGGGCACAAUCCGCAUACUACACUGCCGCAUUCAAUCCUCAAGCUGUUGAACCAAGCAUGGUUGAAAACUUUCACAAAGGACUAGAUCUCCUGCAAAAGGAGAUUGAGUCUCGGGGAACUAAAUUCUUAAAUGGAGAUGAACCUGGGCUCGUUGAUUAUACCAUUUGGCCAUUCUUGGAGAGGUUUGAAGCUCUUCCAAUUCUAGGACAACAGGAAUUUGCCAUUGAUAAAUCAAAAUAUGAGAUUCUUAUAACAUACAUGGCAGCCAUGAGGGAUUCACCUGCUGUUAAAGCAUAUGCCUUAGCCCCUGACACCCAUGCCAAGUUCACAGAGUCUCGUAUUAAAGGAGACGCCAAUUACAAUAUGUUGGACACAAGCGCUGUAUGUUGCAUGAGACCAAGAAAGAAGAAGGAAUAAAAUUUGAAAAAUUUCCAACUCCCCAAUAUCUUAAAAAUGUGCUAUCAUAUUCAUCUUCCGAAAAUACGAUACAUGCAUUUAACAAUGUAUACUUAAUACAAUAAAAGUACAAGUCUUGA